UUUACUCAGAGCUGCAUGUGGAUGGCUGGGGUUGAACAUUUAGCCAGGUGCUGGGCGGGUUCUAGCGGGGGUGGAGAGUGUGGCGCCGCCUCCCCUCAGGGUCAGCCUCCCAGUAAACAUUGGUUUCCUGCCCGGGGGAGGACUUGGUGCCGAGGCUGCAGAGGAGUGUUGACCUUGCAUUUACUGCACUCUUUAUAUUCCAGCUUGUCAGUCACAUCAAUGAAUAGUUUUUUUGGGUUCGGCCAAAGUGCCGACAUAGAAAUCCAGCUCGAUGGAGCUGAAACACGAAAAAUGGCGGAAAUGAAGACAGAGGAUGGAAAGAAGGAGCGUUACUUUCUAUACUAUGAUGGAGAGAGUGUAUCAGGAAAGGUGAAUAUAUCUCUAAAGAAGCCUGGAAGCCGUUUGGAGCAUCAGGGUGUAAAGAUUGAGUUUGUGGGUCAAAUUGAAUUGUAUUAUGACAGAGGAAACCACCACGAAUUCACCUCCCUGGUCAAGGAACUGGCCCGACCAGGGGAACUCACUCACAAUACCUCCUUUGAGUUUGAGUUCAAUCAAGUGGAAAAGCCAUAUGAAUCUUACUCAGGAACAAAUGUGAGACUUAGGUACUUCCUCAGAGUGACCAUUGUGAGAAGACUAUCUGACAUCACACGAGAAAUGGACUUGCUAGUGCACACACUCUCCUCCUAUCCUGAAAUGAACAACUCUAUCAAAAUGGAAGUUGGCAUUGAGGAUUGCCUACAUAUUGAAUUUGAAUACAACAAAUCAAAGUACCACUUGAAGGAUGUCAUUGUUGGUAAAAUCUACUUCCUUCUGGUGCGCAUCAAGAUCAAACACAUGGAAAUUGCUAUUAUCAAGAGAGAAACUACUGGGUCUGGACCCAACACCUUUAAUGAAAAUGAAACUAUUGCCAAGUAUGAAAUCAUGGAUGGAGCUCCAGUACGAGGAGAGAGUAUCCCCAUCAGGGUGUUCCUGGCCGGCUAUGACCUCACACCCACCAUGCGAGACAUCAACAAAAAGUUUUCUGUACGAUACCACCUCAACUUGGUGCUGGUGGAUGAGGAGGAACGCCGCUAUUUUAAGCAGCAGGAAAUCACACUGUGGCGCAAGGGUGAAAGGUUGAGGCGUCCUCUUCAACAGCAGCUAAUGGCUCAACAGACCAUAUCACAGAAAAACCAGCAGAGCUCAUUUCCACAGUCACAUCCACAAGGCCAGCCACCUGAGUUUGCCCCUGCAAUGCAAUCUACUGGUGCUGAGCCUCCGUCCCCACAACAGUCUCAGUCUCCCAUGCAUGAGGAGGCUCCAGAGCAGCUUCCUCCAGCCAAACCAUCACCACAGGCACACACAAGACAUCAACACACCACUGCCACUCCUCAACCCAAACCUCAACUUGAGCCUCCAGAUGAAGAUAUGUCAACUCCCAAGCUGCCCUCGCCACCCACAGAACCCCCCACCAGUAUUGACUCUCCUGAGGAAGAGUUUCUGGAGGCUCAAGCAGGCUCACCCUCAGAUGAAGAGGAACCAGGGGAAGAGGAACAAGAAAGAGUCAAACCUUCUCCAGGAGUAUCACAAGAGCCUGUUCCUGUCGCUCAGUAGUAGUCAAUCAAUUUCUGCCAGGUAGAGCUUAGUAUGGGAAGGGUGGGGUAGCCUAAGACAGUGACAGGGUUUAGACUGGCCUGUUUUAGUUAUGGCCUUAUCAAUAUGGGUUUAUUUUGCACUCAGACUUUGCUUUAAACCAGCCAUAACUAAGACAGGUGUCCUCCCCAUUGUACAGUGGUAAAGGGAUAAUAUUCUAACCCUCCAGUAACAUAUUGUAGUCUUGGAAGGACGUAAUGAAUCCUAUAAAUCUUUUAAUGGAGAAUCUAAGCAAAUUACAUAUUGUACAUAGAAAUGAAGAUUUACCAUACACAUUUAAUAGACUUCUAUUAGUUCUUAAUUUCUGUCAAUUAAUAAGAAUAAUUUGUCUUUUUCCUUCCUUUCUUCUCUACUCAGCCUCUGAGCUAUCUCUUCCCUAUGGGCAACUUAUAUUUUGUUCCCAGCAAGUUUGCUUGCUUUAAUGAUCUAAGGCAAUUCAGUUUAGGUUUUAGAGAAAGAUAUUUAGAUCCUAUGUCAUUAUUUGCUCUAGAUUGCUCAAUUUAUAUGAGCUUACUACAACUUUCAGUUGCAUAGUUAGUCUGAUUUCCAAAUUUUUAUGCAGUUUGUUCCUGAAAAUUAUGGUGAACUCCAGAUUUUUUAUUACAUAGAUUUUGUCAUGUGCUACUUGAGAUUACUUGAAUGUCUAGACUUUCAUUAUAUUUCCAGAAAAAAGACAUAAUAUGAAAAAAGCCACAGAUUAUUUUGGCUGUACCCAACUCAUUUAAUCCUUUUUCAGUCAUAACCUAAACAUCUUUGAUCUGUUAUGCAAGAUGAUUAUUAACUGUCUCUUCAUUGUCAUAAUUUUGAAAGAUCUGAUGAUAUGUUUAGGUAUUUGGAAAUAUUAAUACAGUUGCCUUAAAAGUUGUGUUACAGUGUUAUAAAAGUAGCAUAUAUUUUUGGUGCAGUGCAGGGGUCAGUCACUUAGUUUAUAACUGGGUGUGAUUGCUGUGAAUGUUGAAUAUUUGGUAAGUAUUUUCACCACUCAGAUGGUACCACAUGACUGUGGUAAAAUAUCUAUGCCCUUAAAUGUGAUUGUGAGUGACAAGAAUUUCAUUAUCUUUAUCAUGCUCAGACUUUAUAACUUUUCUGUAUAAAUUAUUUUGUACAUUUUCACAUUAAAUCUGAGGCUACAGAAGUUUGGCCAGGUAGAACAAUAUUGAUCAGAGAGGAAAGAUUGGGUAAAGGCAUGUGUGUUGUACUAAUAAUUAUCUCAUCAGGAAAAUGUCAGCUGAUUACUUAUAGAAAUUGACAAAAUCAUAAGCCAGUAAUUAUUAAAAGAUGUCUUAAUUCUUUAAUAUAGUUCUUUUCACUAUCACACAAAAAUAUUACAUCUUACUCCAUUAAUAUGAAUACAUGUCUCCUCUUCUAGGCUUUUGAAUGAAAAGAAAAUAUCUUUUGUAGUCAUUCCAUUUGUUUUGUUCAUUUUCUUGUGGCUGCUACUUUUUGAAUGAAUGUUCUGUAACUCCCAUGAACUAUAUUCAAUGCAUUUUUCUUUGUCAGUGGUAAUCCUCCAAUACAUGAGAGUACACUGCCAUAUAGAUUUUUUAUUUAAGUGUGAUUUGAUUAUUAUUUAUAGAGCAAUAAAAGACUGUUUAAGCAGAAAGAGAUUUGUGAAUGAUUUUAAUGUGCAUCAUCACCCUCCCUUUUUCAUGCACUGAAUGAGAUGGGAAAGAGAUUAAGAGCCAGGUUGCAAAAAAAAUAAAAAUAAAAAAUAACUCAUUAAAUGCACCAAA